AUGUUCCGUCGCGUCUUCCAGUCUGUUGGUAAACUUACAGCAGGACUUGCUUCAGUUCAACUUGCAGCAACAGGUAUUGCACUAACUGAUAAAGAACUUUCAAAGAAACCUGAAUGGUAUCAACAUGCUGUUAGAUCUCUUGAAGAUGCCAUUAAAGAUCUUUCUAAAAAAGGUUUUAUUGAAUCAAAAGAAAAAUUAGCUCAAGCUGAAGACGUAUUACAACGUGUUUUAGAUGUAAAUAAUGUUGAAAUUCUUUGGCGUUAUGCUCGCGUUCUUACUGAAAAAGCAGAACUUUCUCAUUGUGAACAUGAAAAAAAAGAAUUACUUCAUGAAGCUAAGAAGUAUAUUAAAAAAGCUCUUGAUAUUGAACCAGCAACUGGUAUUGCCGGUAUUCAUAAAUGGGCCGGAAUUAUCCUAACUAAACUUGGAGAGUUUGACAAAAAGUGCGAUGAUGAAGGUGUAAAGAAACAUUUAAAGAAGGCAACUGAACUUGAUCAAGAAGAUGCUUUUGCUCAUUUUCUUUAUGGAGCUCAACUUUACAAGAUGAAAGAAUAUAAGGAAGCUGCAGAAGCAUUGAAAAAGGCUGAAUCUAUCAGACAAGGAUUUUCACCAGCUAACAAAUAUUAUCUUGGACUAGCUCUUAAAGAACUUGGAAAAAAAGAAGAAGCUAUUCAAGCUCUCAAGGAAAGUAUGGCUACUCCAGCUAAAUUCGCUUUUGAAGGAGUAGCUAAAUCUAAGGCAAAAAUGGUACUUAUGAACAAAUUUAAGUUGACUGAGGAUGAAAUUACUAUCAAGGAUUAUUAG